AUGGCUUCCAGAAUUCAUUUAACAGAAAUGAACAACUUCGAACCACCAUUCCAGACAAGAGACACCUGCCUUGCUGCUAUGCUCAACAGAUCAUCUCGAAUGAAUGUGACUCACUGCAAACCAGAAUGGGACCACUAUUCAGAAAUGUGCUGGGCGCCCACGCCAGCAGGGGUCACAGCCAUAACUUCUUGCCCUGACGAUGGCUUUCUUAACCCUAACCAGUUUGCCACUCGACAAUGCCUAGCUAAUGGUACUUGGUUUGUCAAUUACACAUUCGAUGAUAAGCCUUACACUAACUAUGAAAACUGCUUUCUCCCCGAUGACCCGUCUGCAGCAGAUGACUUGAAGAAACUUGUGAGUAAUAAAAUUAUUGUACUUCUUCGAUCCUUGGACGGAUACACACGAUUGUACCUGCUUCUGCAUGUGGUGUCCAUCGCCGUGCUGUUGGCGGCAAUGAUCAUUAGUGCUGCUGUUGUGAUCAAGCUAAAACAGCGACGCCCUAUGACCUAUUCAUACAUCGCCCUCAGCAUAGCAGCAGCAGCUCUGCUGGUCAACAACGCUGUCACAGUGUCCGUGAGUGCCAUCGACGACGCCACAAACGUCUUCAAGUGUCGCUUGGCUAAAUCGUUGGUGCUGGUCAGUCACAUAUUGUUUUAUGAAUGCAUUUUUGGCUACUUUUAUAUGUGUAUUGUUUCUAUUCUACAAAUCCCCAUUAGGACAUUACUCUUGAAAUUAAAGAUCGCUGCAGCCGUGACUUUGGCCAUUUUACUUGUUCUCGCUGAACAAUUUGCUGAGAUCGUCUCAUAUCGUUCAAAAUACUGCGGUUUUAGAACUCUACAAUCAAAAUAUCACUGGUUGACCACAGCUCCACGAUUACUGCUGAUACUGAGCAAUAUGUGUUUAGACUGCGUAACAAUAUUUGGAACCUUUUAUUUGAAACAGCCCCAUUUGGAAAAAGACCGUCUGCUGCGGGAUAUUCGUCAAAAAGCAACUUGUGCCAUGAUGCUAGUGUUGUAUAAUAUUAGUCUAGAAAUUCUCCUGAUUCUCGUCCACACAGAAGCCUACAUGCACUAUUCUGACCUGCCUGUCAACAGCUACUUGCAUGCUUAUUCUCUGGCCGUUGCCAUCCAAGGUAUUGUCUUUACUGUGCUUAUGUGUUUCAUGGACCUCGAGGUGCUAGCAAUGGUAGGGUUACCACGCAAGUGCAGCGCUGUCGACCACAAGACAACGGGAAAUGAGCAGCAGGCUGUCCAGAUGUAUUCAAUGGCCAAGUGGCAUUCAGAUGCAGAUAUCAGCUCGAUGUACGAUCUGGAAAACCAUGCAGCACCAGAUAUGGAGGCGCCGCCGAGUCAUGUCACGAGAGUGGAGUUAAUAUUUCACACAGCAAGACCCGAGGACUCUAUUGAUGCUCAGACAAGAGUAUACGAAUCGAAACUGUACCGGGGACCUCGUAAAUGA